UCAUCAAGUCGUACUAUUUCUUCAUAAAUACAAAAUUUACACUCAGCAAAGUAGCUAGAUGAUGUUUGGAAAUGAACGGGAAAAUUUUUAAGUUCAACUAGCGCGAAUCUGUAGUAAAUGGGAGGUUUCACGAGCGGAAUAUAUCACAUUUUCGACGCUUCUAAAUGCGUCACGAGAAUAAACAGACCCUCACUGCGUCAGCGUUGUGCAAACACACUUUUGCCUCUCAGUUCAGUCGUUCCAAAACGUGGUUGAACUGGUGCGCAUGCCUUCACUUAAUUUGCUCAUUAAUAUUCAGAGUCCCACGCGGUGCCGUCAUGGUGUCGUAUAAACUGUUGAACCCUGAGGAUGUCCAGCUAUCAGAAGUCAAUCACCUUGUCGAGGAGGAGGAAAAUCCAGUGUUGCACGCAGAAGGAGCCUCUCUGCUUCCCCGUCGUGUGCCGUGCUCGGCCACGACGGGGCUCCUGGUGACCGGCUGUCUGCUGCUGCUCCUCUGCGGAGGCUGGCUGCUGGGCACCAUGUUCUGGCUUCACCGCCCCUCUAGCCUGCUGCCUCAUAGACCACCGCCGCCGGCUCAGGCCACCUCAAAAGCCAACGCCACCGAGGCCAACUCCCUCUUCCGCGAAGCAUGCGCUCUCAUCCCGGAGCCGUGGCGCUUCGACUGUUUCCCGGAGAGAGGAGUGGUGGUGACCAGAGAGAUGUGUGAAGCGAGGAACUGUUGCUUCAUCCCCGCCGCUCAACCUUCGGGAAGUAACGGUGUCCCCUGGUGUUUUUAUUCCCCGGAGUUUCCCUCCUACUCCGUCGAGUCAGUGAGUGACACAAGCUUGGGGCAGAAGGCUACGCUUGUCAAAGACGUGAAGGGUUACUACCCUGCAGACAUUCUGACUCUGGAGUUGGAUGUCCGCUACGAGACGGACACGAGGCUGCGGGUCAGGAUCACAGACCCUUCGAGUUCACGCUACGAGGUUCCCAUACCUGUUCCCACCGUCAGCAAGAAGGCAGAAAGUCCCGACUACAGCGUGGAGCUCUCCAAGGAGCCGUUUGGUCUUGUUGUGAGGAGGAUCUCUACAGGAGCCGUCCUCCUGAACACCACCGUGGCUCCUCUCCUUUACGCCGAUCAGUUCCUGCAGUUCUCCACCUCUCUGCCCACCGAAUUCAUCUACGGCCUGGGGGAGCACCGCUCGAGCUUCCUGCAUGACGUCCAGUGGAACACGCUCACCUUGUGGGCCAGGGAUGUGCCUCCCGUGCAGGAAAAAACCAACCUGUACGGAGUUCAUCCUUUUUACCUUGCAAUGGAGAAGGAGAGCAAUGCACAUGGCUUCUUCCUUCUGAACAGCAAUGCAAUGGAUGUUGUCCUGCAACCUCCCCCGGCCCUCACCUGGCGCACAAUUGGUGGGAUCCUCGACUUUUACGUCUUCCUUGGUCCCGAUCCCGGAUCUGUGAUCGAACAAUAUCUGGACGUAGUAGGUCGUCCAGCGAUGCCCAUCUACUGGGCUUUGGGUUACCAUCUGUGUCGCUGGGGUUUUAACUCCAGCAACUCCACCUGGGACGUGGUCCGGCGCAUGAGGAGUAAUGGGAUACCUCAGGAUGUCCAGUGGAAUGACAUUGACUACAUGGAUCGAAUUCUGGACUUCACUUUUGACCCGACUAACUUUGCCACGCUGCCCAACAUGGUGAAGGACCUGCACGCUCACAACCAACGCUACGUGAUGGUCAUUGAUGCUGCAAUCAGUAGCGUUCAGCCUGCAGGAUCCUACUGGCCGUAUGACGAAGGACUCAGGAGAGACGUUUUCAUCAAAGACACAGAAGGAAAAACACUCAUUGGGAAGGUGUGGCCAGGCCUGACUGCAUUUCCCGAUUUCUCUGAUAACGUCACCCACGAAUGGUGGUACGAGAAUCUUAAGAAAUUCCAUGAUCAGGUGCCAUUCGAUGGAUUAUGGAUUGACAUGAAUGAGCCAUCAAAUUUCGUAGAUGGGUCAACGAAUGGCUGCCCGUCAAACAAUCUGGAGCAUCCUCCAUACACUCCAGGCAUACUGGGAGGUUUGCUGCGCGCCAAAACGGUGUGCGCAUCAUCACUGCAGAAGCAGUCGAUACACUACAACCUUCAUAGCCUGUACGGACUCAUGGAAGGGGAGGCAUCUGCAAGCGCUCUGAGGAGGAUCUCGGCCAAGAGACCUUUUGUGAUCGCUCGCUCCACCUUCCCCGGUCAGGGCAAGUACACUGGCCACUGGCUGGGAGACAACAGGAGCCAAUGGCAUGACCUUUACUCCUCCAUAGCAGGCAUCCUGACUUUUAACCUCCUGGGCAUCCCGUUGGUGGGAGCUGACGUCUGUGGCUUCAGCGAGCAACCGCAGGAGGAGCUGUGUGUCCGCUGGACACAGUUGGGCGCUUUCUAUCCCUUUACCCGCAACCACAACGCCAUCGACAUGAAGCCACAAGACCCGACGGCGUUCAGCCCGCUGGCCCGCACCGCCAUGCAGCAAGCUCUGCUGCUGCGCUAUUCUCUCUUCCCGCUCCUCUACACUCUCUUCCAUCACGCACACGCGCAGGGGCACACUGUCGCUCGUCCGCUCGUCUUUGAAUUCCCAAAGGACACAAAAACGUACGGUAUCGAUAAGCAGUUCCUCUGGGGGAGGAGCCUACUGGUGACUCCGGUUUUAGAUCCUGGGGUGGACUUUGUGGAGGGCUACUUCCCAGAGGGUCUUUGGUAUGACUACAACACGGGCGACUCGCUAAACAGCACGGGGGAAGAGGUGCGACUCUCCGCUCCUCUCGAUAAGAUCAACCUGCACUUGAGGGAAGGAUCUAUCAUUCCGACGCAGACCCCCAACCUGACUUUGUGGGUGAGCAGCGGCCAGCCUCUUCAUCUGAUCACCGCGUUGUCAAACAACGGCACCGCCUGUGGCGAUUUGUUUUGGGACGACGGCGAGAGCCUCGACACCUUUGAGACCGGCCAGUACGCCUACAUCGUCUUCAGCGUGGCUCAGCAAACGAUGAGCUCGCGCGUGCUCCGCAACCACUUGGAGGCCUCGUACAUCACAGUGCAGUCGGUGUCUUUCUACGGCGUGAAGGAGAAGCCAAGCAAGGUGCUGGUCAACUCCAGAGAUGCCACCUUCGCCUACAGGAGCAACCAGGUUUUAUCUGUAGCCGAUCUCGGCCUUAACCUCAGUAAGAACUUCACCAUCAGCUGGCUGUGAGCCCCGUGACCGCUUGCUUUGAUCGACCAUAGCUACUGAUGGCUCUCCGAGUAAGCCUGAGAGACUGAGUGUCUGAAAUAAAUAGACACUCUUAACACAUCCCAUCAAAAACUGUUUUUUUUUUUUUUAAUUGACUAUUUUAGUGACUGAUUUGAGAAUGGCUUCACCAAAGUACCCUAUAACUUUACCCAUGGAGGAUGUUCCAGGCAAGUGUUUUUUUUAGAUAUACUUUUCAAAUGUAUUUUGAAUGAUGAGAAGGAACAGUCCUUAGAUUUUGAUAAGAAGCCACACAUACAGUAGAUGACAUUUAUGGUUGAAUAAAAUGGGAUCCAUAUUGCAUUUUUGGCAAUAUUUAAAUAUGAAGAAUGCCAAAACAGACUAGUACAGACCUAUUUGUCUUGCUGGUAAGGACAAAGUUUGUACGAGCAUAUGGACCUCAAUUUGAACGUAACAGAUGUGGAGUAAAUGCUCAAAUGACUUUCCAUUGCGCUGGAAUUUAGAAAGCACGAAGGCAUUUAUUCGUGUGUACAAAUGCACAUAAACCUGUGUAAAUACAAUUCAUGUUUAUUUGGAUUUGAUGUAUGUAUUUGAAAUCCCCCUCCCCCCUUCACACCAGCAAGAUGUGAUGUGCAGUAACCAGGAGACAUUUGUCAGUGUUGCUACUUUUGCACUAAUUUAUGAGAUGAACACUGGUGCCUUGUGAUUUGUUUAGCAUUUUUCUGUUAAGUUGCUGCUUGUCAUGUCAUGUUGGCCAAUCUUGUUUGUGUCUUGUGCAGCAAUAAAGUUUGUUUUGAAAGUACA